ACUCCACUGCAUCUACUGGGGAUUAUUCUCUCAGAAGCUCGAGCUGCACCAAGCUCCUCCCUCCCAGGCCCCUCAUUGGCUGUGAGGGCGGUGGGACCUUGGAAUCCUCGCAGCUUCCCUUUGAACCUUGAAAAUGAGGAGAGAGCAAACCGAAUUACAUCCUUCCUUAAACAGGAGUUCAGAGAGUUAAAUGUCUAUUUUUGGAGAGGUCGAGUCAGGCCAACUGCUGGCGAACAAAACCGGCUCUAGCUACUGAGCAUGCUCAGUGUCACUUAGAAACCCGCAGAAGUUUCAGAAUAUACAUCACUUCGACGCAACCAAUACCUUUAUUUUAGCUUCUCAACUGAACACAGAAAUGCUCUCUGAAGUGCAAUGCGCCCCACAACAUGUGGUCCGUGCACAGCGGCGCGGGCCUCGCCCUGUCCCUGAACCAGGAUGAUGGGGGAGAGACCCUGGAUGUCCAGAACCCAGCGGGUGGGCCUGCAGUGACAGGAGGGAGCCAGGGACGAGCAAAUGGACCCAGCGGAAGAGGAGAGGAAGACGGCGUCAGGAGAGCUGGGCUUGUUCUAGGAAGUCUUUUUUACUUUUCACAGCAUAGUGACUCAUUUAUGAAGAGGAAGUGAGUUCUGUUGAAAUAUACUUGAAAUAUUCUUUUAGGGGGAGAAAGCAGUUCUUCAGCAGCUUGGUGGGCCGCUGGGCGGGAGCUUGGAGCUCUGUCGGUUCUGAGCCAGCAGGGACAAUUCUUCUUCCGAAGGCAGGGCAGAGUGCCUGCUGCCUAGUUUCUAACUAAAAAUUAUAGGACGGUUUUUAAGAUACAUGUUUUGUAAGAAUAUACAAACAUAAUACAGAAAUAAAUAGCAUAAUUCAAUUUUUAUUUUGAGAUUUGUUUACAGUAAGGAUUUUAACAUCGUUGGACCUUUAUAGCUAGUUAAGUUUUGAUCAAGCUCUCUUAGAAACUCAAUGCACAGCAUGGUAACUUACUACACUGCUAUGUUUCUUAUAAACACCUGUUUAUGGAAUAUUAAAACUGCACAUGAAAGAUAUUUAAGGAAUUUGUGUAUGGAGUAAUCUAUGGAAACGGAAACAUCAUUUUUAGGGUUAGAGAUCCUUAACUUUGUCCUUGCCUUCUUUCUCUUUCUCAAGUCUGGUCUCUGACUCGAAAAAGACGUCAGAAACAUGGGUCAGAACUAAAAAUUAUGGUGGAGAUGGUUUGAAACACUAACCCUGUGGCCCGUCAGUUACUUAGGCUUGCCUUGCCUCAGCUAUUAAAACGUUGUCAGCCAAGCCGGCUGCUUUGCCACAGCGUCCUCUUGCGGCCGCAUCAGGACCGGAAAGAGCCCACAGAAGCCGCAGAGGCUGUCGGGAGGUUGGGCCUCCAGCCCUGGACCUGAGGAACUCCCCGGGGGCACAGAGGCUGUCGGGAGAUUAGGCCUCAGGCCUCGGAGAAGAAGGAACCUCCCGGAGCGCAGACAUUGUCUGGGGGCCCUGGAGGAUCCUGUUGAAGCUGCGACUUGGCGCAGAGCUGAGAUGUCGUCAGAGCUCUAGACAUAAGGACCUCCUUGUCAAAAGAUUUGGGGAGAUGAAUUGGGUCGGGGGGUCCCGGACCAGAUGUGCAGAGCCCUGUUUAUGGAAAAAGAAUACAAAAUUAUGACUACAAAAUUGGAUACAGGGCCUUGGAAGAGGCACAUUCAGGUCCAGGGUUCUGAUCAAGCAGGAAAGGAGAAAGCAAAAGGAAUAUUUUGAAAAACACAGGUUAAAAUCAAAAAUGAAAUCACUGGGAGUUUUAUCUCCUGUCAAAAAUUCUGCUGUCAGCUUAGACAUUCUUAACCUCUACAUGGUAAAUCAGAUAUCUUGCAAGAAGAAAAUUCCUGAAACUGUAAGAAGACCAACCCAUGUGAACAUGAAUAGAGACAUAAAAAUGCCCCUGAAAAAGCGUGAUUUAGAACUUCCAAUGUCACCUCACUGUGUACCUUCUAAACUCUGUCUUGAUGAUACAGAAAACAAUGUAAACUAUCAAAGACUAAGUAGCAAGGAAGAUCUUGACUCAGUUCAGUCAAAAAACAUGGACUCAUAUAGUAUGCUUGACCCUCAGUUGAGCAAAAUGGAGAACUACAGUUUCACUCCACCAUCUUUUUCAUUGGAGUUACCUUCUAACAGACAUGUUUCAAAACUCAAUUUCACACCUGGAAUAGCACCUACUCCUCAGAAACUUGCAUAUGAGAAAAAGCAGAAUGACAAGCUCAGUAAUGUUAACUGUUCUGAUUCCUUGCUUUCCAAAUUAAAUAAAAGUCAAGAUGUUCUCAGUCCCUCACAUAAAACUACACGAUUUGGGACAUUAUUUGAAAGAUUAAACAGUCCAGGAAAUAGGAAUUUACUUACUAAACGACCUGCUGUAAUUAUGGAUGAAGAUUGUAGAAGCAUGAAUGAAAGAAGACAGUCAGACUACAUUACUGAAAAACACUCAAUACAGCAUAUUUGCGGGGAAAAUAGAAAAGAAGCUUUACAUUUUCUUGAAGAUGUGAACCAGUCUAUUCCUAACCUUCUAUCAGAGAAUUGUGACCCUUUUGUUAGUCAAAAUAUGAUCAAUUUAUUAAACAUAGAUCAGCAAAGGCUAAAAAAAUCAUUUAACAAAUGUGAUUAUGAUAGUAUGGGAGACAUUUGUGUAGUCACUAGUUCUGAGAAAAAUGAUUUCAGUGACAGAUGCCUUAGAAACAUUUUUACAGUUCCAGAGUUGACUUUUAGUAAUUCAACUCUGAAUAAAACAAGUUAUCCAGAAAAAUAUCAGCCAAACAAGAAUUAUCAGAAAGAGUACAACAAUAAUGAAAGAAAUGAUCUUAGUACAUCUAUUGAGAAAGAUUACUACCCAGCCAGCUCUGAAAGAAAAGGAAAACUGGAAAACGAUUACAAAGAGAAGACAUCACAGAAAAGCAUUCAGAAAUAUCCAGUGAACUCUAUGAGAAAUAUACCUUCGGAAGAAAUGCACUCUAAGCAGUCAUGGGACUUUGGACUUGAUAAGAUUCUGUUGGAAGAAGGAAGAAUAUGUUCUUUAAAAAGCAGGCCAACAUCUACUGAGAAAAUCUCUCUUGAUUCUGCACAGAGUAAUCGAUCUACCAGUUACUCUCCAAGACCAACAGACAGCUGUUUCAGUUCUAGUUCAGAUUUGCUAUCUGAAGAUGAAGAUCAAAUAUCACAGCAAAUUGAAAAUUCAAAUAGGAUGCCCAUCAAAACCAAAGAAACAGAAAAUGUAGAAAGGAUGGAAACAGAAAAUGUAGAAAGGAUGGAAAAACUUUCAGGUGAUAGGAUUGUUAAGAACAAUGACAAAAUUCAUAAACAGAAUGAAAAUUUCCACCAGUUCUCAGUGAAAUGUAAUACAGAUCAGUUUACACAGUCACAGUGCAAUUCAGCACACAUCUUGCAAAACAAAACCAAUACUAACUGCAUUCUGCAGGUUGCAAGACGUGAUGUCGGGGUACAAACAGAGAGUGAAUCUGUAGUGCGGGAAAAAUUAGAUGCUGCCAUACAGUGUAAUCUAAUUUCAAAAUGUACAUGUAGAAGUGAUGUUUCCCUUUGUAACCUUGAAAGGUGCAGUGAAAGUAUUAAGGCAGAUACCACUGGAGGGCAGGAAAUCCUUAAGAACAAGCAGUAUUCUAAAAUCUCUACUUAGGACGUAGAACUUCACUUGCCCUUAAAAAACAAUAGUAAAUGUUGAAAAUUUCCUUAACAUGGUAAGAAAUGAGAAAAUAUAGCUGAGCACAAGCUGACAGUGUUCAGAGAGUAUAUUCAUGGUUCAUGUAUAAACAUUUUAAUAUUAUUAAUGUAUGUAUUUAACUUUAUAUAGAUAUUUCAUUAAUAGCUUUGGUAUAUGGCAGAGUUUUUAGAAAAUAAUAGUAAAUUUACUAGCAUUCUUAUGUAUAUUCAGUCUAUUGUAAUGAUAUGCUGUUAUGGGUUAAAAAUGUGCUUAAUUGCUUUCUUCCUUGUUGCAUUUAUUUAAAUAUUCUUUGUAGUUGCAUCUUCUGGCAAAAAUGUUCUCUAUCAAGAUUUUAAGAUAGAAAAUAAUACCUAAUAUAUUUUAUGUUCCCGUUAUAUAAUUUUGUUAGCCAUUUCUCUUUAAUAUUUUAUUUGCAUUUAAUUCUAGCAUUAAUGUAUAGAUAAUAUACAUAUCUUCUCUUGCAUGAUGUAGUUGUUUUUGUUGGUGCUGGUAUUGAUUCAAAGGAAAUGUCCUAUAGGAUUAAAAGAUGUUUUAAUGCUUUUAUAAAAGAAUUGUUUGAAAUUGAAAAAUAAUGAUUUAUGUUACUAA